AUGGCAUCGAAAAUCUCUCAGCUUGCUUGCUUCUCUUCCACCAAUCGCCAAUUUCACUUCCAGAGCCGAUCGUUCCAAUUCCCUAGGUUUCGUCCCGAGUCUUUUGUAGUUAGAGGCGUUGAUGGGAAUAGCUCAGAGACGCCAGCUUCUCUAAGCUAUGCAGCUGAGGUUUCGAAACCUUUUGUUGAGAAAACAUCGAAACCGUAUGAAACUGCUACAGAUAAAGAGAUUACCACAGAGCCAAUAGAGGAACCAAAAAGAGCAGCGAAGAUCCAUGACUUCUGCUUUGGCAUUCCUUAUGGUGGUCUCGUUAUGAGUGGAGGGCUUCUUGGAUUUGCGUUUUCACGAAAUCUUGCAAGUUUAACUACUGGGGUCCUCUAUGGUGGUGGCCUUCUAGCUCUUAGUACACUUAGCUUAAAGAUUUGGCGACAGGGAAAAUCUAGUUUCCCUUAUAUACUAGGUCAAGCAGUGCUUUCAGCUGUCGUCUUCUGGAAGAACUUCACAGCUUAUUCAAUGACUAAGAAGCUGUUUCCUGCCGGGCUCUUUGCUGUCGUCAGUGCUGCCAUGUUGUGUUUCUAUUCGUAUGUGGUGCUCUCUGGAGGAAACCCUCCUCCAAAGAAAUUGAAACCAUCUGCUACUCCUUCUCCUUCAUACUGA